AGUAGAGCUGCUGCUGUAGCAGACUUUAACACAGGGAGUCGGUACGUUUGUGUUACGUACGCCAUCGAGGACAGUGGACGACUGAGUAGUCUCUGUCGUGUAGCAGUAGUACCGCUCGCCGUACCGAAGGCUGGCUACAACAACGCCAGCGCCUGGCGAACGCCAGCGGGGAAGUGGGGAACCGCGACAGGCAUCGACGGCCCGUGCCUCGAUACGAUUCGAGUUCUGUUCAGUUGUAGUAGUACUAUACGAGAGUACAACCAAGAGCGACAGAGAAGACACUCUAGAGAUGCCAAGGGAGCAAGUGAGAAGAAAUGUCAUAAGAGAGAGAAUUCUGAUCAUACGACGUCUACCCAUGGACACCGCGCUGCUGCUGUUACCCCUUCAGCGCCACUUCGAACAUCAGCUAAGUGUAUUCUGUGGACUACUACUACUACUACUACUACGAUUACUACUACUAUUUCUACUAUAACUACUACUACUUAUACUACUGCUGGUGCACUACUCUGCACUGCCGCGAUGAACAGGACAAAGGAAAAGGGAAGAGGGAAGAGGAAGAGGAUGUCGACAACCAGAGGACCAAGGGACCAAGAGCAACCUUGUGGCUGGAGUGGAACGACCGAAUUUACACUACUCUUCUAUUUCUUCGCUAUUUAA